AUGAGAGUAGGAGUCUUUUUCAAGACUACUCCAUGUUCUAGCUGGAAUGACGUGCUGUCAUUCCUUAAGGUCUCAUCGAAGCAGGAGACGAUUGAGGCGUAUUUUGAGAGAUACAGAAAUGGACUGGCAACUAUUGCAGGGCACGCGAAGGCACCGAAGGAAGUUAGAGAGAGGGCUGAGGGCCUUUUGUCGACCACGAGCGUCGAGUUAUUCCGCCAAAAACACGCGGUGUGGCAGGUCGAGAUGAAAAAGGACGAGGCUAAACAAAGUCUUGCAGAAGGCUAUGCCUCACUCGCCAAGGGAGCCGGAAGCAUGUUGAAAGAUGAUGGCGGAACAUCUAGUCAAGUGGUCAAUAGAGCAUCUUCAGUGUCCUCAUCAUCAUUGUCAUCGCUAAGCUUCAAGAAGCGAAAGCGAUCGAUCACGAAUAUAAAUUCGACGUCGAUGAAAACUAUCACGGCCAUGACCAGCGCGAAGCCCGAUCUGAGUAGCCGGAAAGCGCGCUUUGCUGCUAUGGAUCGAUCACAGUUCUGGAAGCUUAGAAGCGGCAGAGCAGUUGAAGAGGUUCUUUACCAUGCAAGCAUGAAGCAAGAGGCCAACUUCAAGAUGCGCUCAUACACAAUCGACUUUGGCUGUGAGAGAACAAGAGUUCUCUUUACUGUAGAUGAGUGGGAGGAAAUGAAGAAAGUGGGUGACUUCCAACUCCCCAGAUUAUCAGAGACAAUUGAGAGGUACCUAUACGAUGUCAGAUUGGCUCUUCUCAGAGGCGAGCAUGUCGCGUCAACAGCCUAUGUUAACAGAGUAUCCUACGGUUUCAGGACACAGCUAUAUGUCACAAAGCCGUGCCCAUUUGACAACAAAGAUCUGUCAGAAUCAUUCUGGACCAGAGAGGCAUGGCCGAUAAUGAAGGGCUUGUUGUCAGAUGUAGACGGAGUGACAAUGAUUGAUGGAGAAAAGGCGGGCCUGGAAUCGGGGAAGAGGAAGAAUAUGGGGCGCAAGGUCGAUAUGGAGACCUCCCCACCGCGCAAACAGAGCGGACGAAAGCUAGAUCUGGUGGCCAGAGACACAACCAACAAGCGCGACUGGUUUGUGGUAGAGAGUCACAAGGAGUGGGAUGAGGUGUCGACCAAGUUCCUGCACGAACUUGAUGUGACAUUGUUCAAAGAUCUUCACCUCAUUUCAUCCCACCGGUUUCAGGAGCAACCGAGCUCGCACUUCCGUAGCCAAGCGAGAUUCUUCGCCAUAUACUCUGGAGGACGAGGUUUCAAGACCAUGGAGAUGAGGGCAUCCCCCUUCAGCGCCUACAUCAUGUUGGUACAUUUGUACAGUUCGUACCAACUGCCCCCCACUGCCACAGUGUGGAAGCUUCAGUCCCAAGGGCUCGCUCACCUGUUGCAAGUCAGGAGUUGUGUCAAGAGGACGGUGGAGAUGUAUGAAACGGAGGAGAGCGAGAAGGGUGAUGACGAGUGGCUUUACUCUUCAUUAGAAAAGCAUAUUUACGACGAGACUCUUGGUAGCUCUCCUACCGACCCUACAUCAUCAGAUAUCUACUCUUCUUAA